AUGCGCAUCAAGAUCGUCGCCCCCCCCGAGCGCAAGUACUCCGUCUGGAUUGGUGGCUCCAUUCUUGCCUCCCUCUCCACCUUCCAGCAGAUGUGGAUCUCCAAGCAGGAUGCUUCUAAGCGCCUAGUUCCCCACGCUCGGAGCCACUGCUGCGCGGGUGUGCCGGUGACCGGUGCUUUCGCCCGAUCCCCGGCGCCGGGUCGCGCCGCUGCCGCCGCCGCCGCCGCUGCCUGA